CGCGUUCUCGCCGCCCACGUCGACUCUACAGGCUACCCUCUAUCGCUGCCCACGCUAUCGCCCGAUCACAACGGCUCACGAGCGCGCGAACACAUGCAAAACACGGCGAUGGGUCAGCGGCGAUGCAGGGGAGGGCGGAUAAGAUGGACAGAGUGGGAGGGGUGUCACCGGUGAGUCCCAACGCCCUGUAUCGCGCGUCGCUCGAGGGCGCAUGGAUUCACUUCAGCUCGCCGCGCAUGGCACCCCGCCGUCCGGAUUCAUCCACGACGAGCGAACACGCAAACGGACGUCUUGCGCAGCUCGCCUCGCUCCUCUCCGAUGCCCCCCUCCGUGACACGGACUCCCUGCACCAUGAGCUCAUCGAAGCCAAGGGCGGAGCGACUCGUCGCCAGUGUCGCCCAUGCCUCAUCCCUGUCAACCGCAACACCCUCCUGCAACGACCCUUCAUCACUUCCAACGGUGCGAACUGCCAGGCACAACCACUCCCCGAAUCUUCUGUCAAGACUAAUCUCGAAUACGAGGCGCGCACAGAGGUUGCUCGCGACGAGGCCGACGCACGCCUCCGCACUAUUCAGGAAGGAUGUCGCGAGCUCAUCACUACCUUAGCACCGUCGAGCUCCGCUCCGCCGAUGCAUUUUCGGGCCUCAUCGCGAACGGUGGCGGCCAGCUCGUCCUCGUCCAGCCUCUGCAUUCGCCCUCGCCGUCUCUCCCGUGCCUCGGCUCGUCCGCUCUCAAGCCCGUGCUCGGUCGUACCUCGUCCCACACUCGGGCAAUGCGAGCGUGCCCGCUCUUCACCCGUACUCCCAUCCAUCGCCGCAACAGCGUUCGUACCAUACUGGAGACCGUGACCGCGAGGAACCCGUGUAAAUACGCUAUGUCGACGCCACAGGCCGUCGUUCGCAGCAGCCGCACGGCGAACGCCAACCCCACCGUUGCGGCCGUUCACACUCGCGCUCUGGCUCUCACUCUGGCUCACGUAGUCGGCAAUUCGAUCA